CUUUGACGCGUCUUCUCUCCGCCCAUCCAUUGUGCAUUGAUCGACCCAAACCCACAAUCUCGCUCCGACUCUUUCCGUAACUAAAGAAGCUCUUUGGAACUGUGAUGGCGGAACUACAGGCGACGAACUCUGAUAAAGAGCUCUCGGAGGUGGAGAAAAUUGCUCGGGAGAUUUCUUCCAAGACACAAGAGUACAUGGCAGUUCUGCGUGGGAAUGGCUACGCACUCCCCUCGCACGAUCCGAAUGCUGGUAGAAACGAAGCUUUACUAGCGCCAGCAAGAAACUUGCAGGCGGAAUUGAUGGAGCUCACAACAAACCUGCAGGCCCUCGUUCAGGGCCCCAGAUUGCAUGUGCACAACCAAGUUCUAGCACAUACAAAUAUGGUCAACCUUCAUGCGCUUUACAAACUUAAGCUGCCGAGUCUGGUGCCUGCGAACAGCAGUAUCAGCUACAAGAAUCUCGCACAGAGCUGUGGAAUAGGGGAGGAUGCCCUCCGCCGCAUCGCGCGGUACGCCGUCACAAAGCACCUCUUCCAGGAAACCGACGAACAACACCUGGCGCACACAGCCACGUCGAAGAUGCUCGCGGAAUCUCCCAUGAUGAUGGAGUGGAUUGGGAUGACGUGCGAGGAGAUGUGGCCAGCCGCCACGCAGGUCGUCCCUGCAUUAAUCAAGUGGCCGAACUCGCAGGAGCCACAGCACUCGGGGUACGCACUCGCGCAUAACCUGGACACGCAUCUUUUUGAGAUGCUGGCCGACGAGCCCGAGCGAGCAGCGCGUUUCGGCAACGCGAUGACGUAUUUCAACUCCAUAGCAGACCUCGCGCCGCACCAUCUCUGCGACGCAUUCAACUGGGCCAACGUCAAGCAAUUCAUCGACGUCGGUGGCUCAGCUGGCUCGACCGCCGUGGCUCUUGCAAAUCAAUUCCCAGAGAUGAAAAUCGUCAUCCAGGAUCAGGCAAGCUUAGAAAAUCAGGCACGACAAUCGAUACCAGCGGAGCUCGGUGACCGUGUAAGCUUCAUGGCGCACGAUUUCUUCAAGGCGCAGCCGUUACGCGGUGCGGAUGUUUACCACUUUCGGUGGAUGUUCCAUGACUGGCCAGACAAGUACUGCAUUCUGCUACUUCGUGCGCUGGUUCCGGCGUUGAAGACUGGAGCAAGAGUGGUUGUUUCAGAUUUUGUGGUGCCGGAAUUGGGAACGGCGGGCUGGUAUCAGGAGGGACUUGUCCGGGUAUUUGACCUGGCUAUGAUGGAGCUGUUUAAUUCGAAGGAGAGGGAGAGGAGAGAUUGGGAGAAGUUGUUUGGUGAGGCUGAUGCACACUUUCGGUUUGAUGGGGUGAGGAGUGUAGAGGGUGCUGAUGUUGCUUUCGUUUCGGCGGUCUGGAAGAGUUGAAGACUAAGGCCAUGCAUGGUAUGUG